UUCCCGCCGCCCUUCGCCCCCGCCCCGCCCUUCCUGUGGCGGCCCAAGAUGGCGGCUGAGGUGGAUUUCGGGGACCGCGAGCUCUUCGGGCAGCUGGAGGGCGAGGACGAGUCGCCCUCACCGCCCGCCCUGGACGUGCCCGUGGCUCUGCUCCAGCUCUACGAGCGGCUGCGGGACCGUGAUGAGACGGUGCAUCGGCUGCGGGCGGAGAAUCGGGAACUUAAAAGGAAGCUGAAUAUUCUGACUUGUCCCAGUGGAAUCUCAGUGGAAAACUCCAAAGUUGAUGGGCCUCUCUUGCAGAUUUUAUUUAUGAACAAUGUCAUUUCUAAGCGGUACCGCCAGGAAAUUGAAGAUUUUGUUUUUAGCUUAGUUCAGAGAUAUGAGGAGCAGAAGAAAUGUGAGCAAGAAAAAAAACACCUGAACGCUAAACCCCAGCCCUCCAGUGUUGUUCUGGAAGAGGACUAUAAAACAGCCAGCUCAUCUUCUGCUAAAAAAAUGAAAGAGGCUUUUAGUGUUGUAGGAAGUGUUGUGUAUUUUACCAAUUUUUGUCUCGAUAAACUGGGACAGCCCAUAUUAAAUGAGAAUCCACAGCUGACAGAAGGAUGGGAAAUCCCAAAAUAUCAGCAAGUUUUCAGCCAGAUUCUCUCCCUAGAUGGACAAGAAAUACAAGUAAAACCCAAAAGCAGGCCCAAACCUCAUUGUUUCAACUGUGGUUCUGAAGACCAUCAAAUGAAAGACUGUCCACAGCCACGAAAUGCAGCUCGGAUAAGUGAAAAGAGAAAGGAGUUUUUGGAAGCCUGUGGGGACACGAGCAAUCAGAACUUUCAGCAGCGUUACCACGAGGAAGAAGUAGAAGAGAGGUUUGGAAAAUUUAAGCCAGGAGUGAUCAGUGUGGUCCUCCAGGAUGCCCUCGGUGUCACAGACAGGAGCCUCCCUCCCUUCAUCUACCGCAUGCGCCAGCUGGGGUAUCCCCCGGGCUGGCUCAAGGAGGCCGAGAUGGAGCACUCAGGACUUGCUCUUUAUGAUGGAAAAGGUGAUGGUGAUGGAGAAGAUGAAGAGUCUCCCCAACACAAAGGUAUCACUUACGAUGUCUCCAAGUUGGUAAAUUAUCCAGGCUUUAAUAUAUCCACUCCCAGUGGCAUCCCAGAUGAGUGGCAGAUCUUUGGUUCCAUCCCCAUGCAGCCCUCUCAGCAGAAGGAUGUUUUUGCUCAGUACCUUUCUAAUUUGCAGGCGCUCAGUCGAAAAUCCAGCAAUAAAAGGGCUGCACCUCAGUCAAAGUCUCAUCAUUCAAAACGACAAAGAGAAGACAGUUUGGAGGUAGCAGCAGCUGACAUGGACCUGGACUCUGAUCUGGAAGCAGCACAAAGAUCCCAAACUCCCAACAGUUUUCAGUUCCAACCCCCUCUGCCACCUGGAUCUCCAUCCAUGUCCACCCCUCCUCCCAUACCCCUAGGAACACCCCCCCUCACUCCUCCUCAGCCCUCAACACCCACCCGCUCCCCUGUGCCCAGGACUGCUCCACUGAACCCUUCCAGUGAUAUUCCUCAGCCAAAAAUAGUGGACUCUGUCAUGGAUGAGGACACCCUGACCUUGGAGGAGCUGGAGGAACAGCAGAGGUUGAUCUGGGCAGCUCUGGAGCAGGCAGAGAGCACCAACAGUGACUCUGAUAUCCCCGUGGACACACCUAUAACUGGGAAUUCCGUUACAUCCUCACCAUCCAGGAAUGAGGUGGAUCUCAUUGCAGAAGGCAGGUCACCUGAGAAGGUGAUCCCAGCAGAAACUGAGUUUUCUGACAUGAGUGACCAGAUACCAGAAAAUGAACAUUCUAUAACUAGUCCUAAUCCAGGAGACACUUUACUUGUCUUAAAGGAAGAUCCUGAUGAUGCAGUUUCUGAAGGCGUGCUGGAUAACACCAUUCCUGCUCCCAGCCCCAAGGUGGAUGAUGGGGAGAAUAAAGUGGCCACAAGCACUGAAUCACCUGCAAAAAAAUAUAGUCUUGUUUCUGACAUGAGCAAGUUUGCAGAAGGCAGGUCACCUGAGAAGGUGAUCCCAGCAGAAACUGAGUUUUCUGACAUGAGUGACCAGACACCAGAAAAUGAACAUUCUAUAACUAGUCCUAAUCCAGGAGACACUUUACUUGUCUUAAAGGAAGAUCCUGAUGAUGCGGUUUCUGAAGGCGUGCUGGAUAACACCAUUCCUGCUCCCAACCCCGAGGUGGAUGAUGGGGAAAAUACAGGAGGGAAUAAAGUGGCCACAAGCACUGAAUCACCUGCAAAAAAAUAUAGUCUUGUUCCUGACAUGAGCAAGUUUGCAGAAGGCAUAACACCGUUUGAGUUUGAAAACAUGGCAGAGUCCACAGGGGUUUAUCUACGGAUAAGGAGAGUGUUAAAAAACUCCCCAAGAAACCAGCAAAAGAAAAAGACUUAAACCUUAACUGGUCUUCCUUUGUUUUCUUAUGUCCAAAUCCCAGCUUCCUUCUGUUUCCUCCUCCAGUUUUACAAACUCAGAUGACCUUCCUCAUCCUCUGGUGGGAAAGAGAAAAUCUUGACAAAUACAUUUCUGCCCCGUUCUUCCUUGGAAUUGAAGUCAGUGCAGAGCUUCCACAUUGACCAGGACCACCAAUGCAGCCAGAAAAUGUAGAAUUUUCCCAAAUUCCACUAAGGAAUAACAGGACUGUUGAUUUGUUAAGAGCAUUUUACUUGCCAAUACUCAACACUCUAAAAAGAGGAGUUUGUGGUUUGGUGUUCAUUACUUUGGCUAAGAUUUAUAUUGUCCUUGAGUUUCAGGUGGAUUGGUGAUUUUUUUAAUAUCUGUCCUUUGUACAAUAAUCUACAUUUUAUACAUUUUGCUAAUUAUCCUGUAGAUAAGUUUAAUAUAUUCAGAAUGUUUUUAAAAAGGUCUAAUGUUAAGAUUUCCCACAUCAAAGUCCUGGCAACUGGAUGAAGAUAAUGGGGGAUUACAGAUUAUUAUUUUCACCGGUUCAAGUAUUUUUAUAAAUUAUUUAUGUGGGUCUGUUUUAAUUAUCACUGUACUUUUUGUACCAUCAUCCUUCAUGUAAACUUGCUCUACAUACAUGUUCAUGGUUGUGUACAGAGGUUUAAUAAAUAGGCUUUUGGCUAAAGAGC